AUGGGCAUCCCUAUGUACCGUGAGCCUUCGUCCACCGAGGCCACCAAAAGCGAUAAUGUCAAGGACUCCUGUGCCGCCGCGCGCUCUGCAAUUCGUCGCCAGGGCGCCGUUCGCCGCUCCCGUUAUGGUGGUUCUGGUUGGCGUAGUACGACUCUGCGCUCCCCGUUUCCUCGGCCCCAACUCGAUGAAAUAGAGCGCGAGGCGAGCGGCUUACCGCGCCAUUCACACUCGCCAAUUUCGAUUCCCCCUCGCCCUAGCGACCCGUUUGACCUCAACAGCAGCUUGGCUGACAAUGGUCGACGCCUGCGAAUGAUUGAUGACGCCCUUCAUCGCAACCGUUCAGGGCAUCGGCUGCGAAUGCCUCGAAGCUCGACUUUCUCUGAUCUGUUGAACCCGCUUCCUCCUUCGGCGGGCGACGCGAAUACCCGAUUGGAACCUCAUGAUCACCUUCAUCUCACCCCGCGAUUUGCACCUGCCAUCGCAUACCAUAGAUCUUCGACGCCGCUGGCCGGUUCAGAUCUUCUUCGGCGGUCACCUCUGUCUCGGCAUGAAGGCCUUGGGGAAGAAGCCCAGGCUGGAUCGUUCAUACCUUCAUUGCGACGUGUUGGCCAGCGCUCUUUCAACGACACGAACCUAACCAGCCGCGGGCCACCCAUCGAUGGCCUAGGUGACCGCCAGAGGAGCGUGGACUUGGAAGAUGACCAUGCAAAUGACGCUUGGGAGACUCUUUUGACUACGAUAGCACCUGACGCAAACCUCCCCAGUGCGGAUUCCUCCUUUAAUUCCGCAUCGGCACCAGGGACCGAUGGCUCGCCUAACGAAACUUCGAGAAGCUCUGCAACCUCGCUUGAGCCCAUUCAGAACUCCCUUCAUCCAACAGUUCCUACGAUCCAGAUGACGCUUGACCCUUACCAAGAAUAUACACACCCAUGUGACUACCCUAGUUCCACAGAUACGGAUACAGAGUCGGACGGUGAAACAGUCACCCAACGAUCACUAUAUCGGCGCUACCGCCGUAGUAGGCGGCAGUACGAGUCCUUGAGACGCGCAAGUAACCGCCAGUCGCUUACGAACAAUCCUACUUCGAUCCCCACUAUAUCGUUUGCAUUCUCGGAUUCCUCGGGAGACCAGGAUCUGCAAAAUAUGCAAGCCAUCCUUGAUCGUCUUGCUCGUCGUGAACCUAUCCCCGAUGACUGGUGGGCAGCAACUGGGUUGUCUCGUACCAUGGAUCAGAGAGCAGGGGCAGGCGAUGAGGUAGUAGACAACUUUCCAGGGCCGGACGGACCUGUCGGACAUGGUUGA